AUGGCAUGGUGCAAAUUUAUCUUAUAUCUGUCGCUGUUACAUCGAUUUUCGAUUUGUUUGCACGUAAAUGAAGUCGCACUAUCCUUGCAAAAUCUUCCGGCUUCGAAGGACUUUACAGUUGAUGUAAAUAUCCGGAAGAAUUUUACGGAACAGUUCAUCAGUGUUGAAGAUAAAUCGGAGUUUCCAUUGAGAAGCACGAAUGUACUAAACGGUACUGAGAAAACUGUUGACGAACAUUGGGAUCUCGACCGAGUCUUAAAAAUCUGGGAUCCGAUCGCCGUUUCGCGUUUUUGGAAGAACGAGACGUACCGGGAUGCAGGCGUUUCGUUAUCCUGCGAUGAGGACUUGACUCGGUACAUGACGGGCGUGUCGAAAAGGGCGAAUUGGGCUUUAAGAUUAAUGGACGCGGACGGCAAGCGCACAUGGGGUACAUUUUCCGGUAAUACAUAUUGGCUCGGAGAUACGGAUCAGUGUCGCAAAAUGGAAAACGGAUUCACGGAAUGGCAAAGGGAUGAGAGACUCCAGCGAGGCGAAGAAUUGCCGCCCUUUCGUGUCAGUAUGAACUCCGUCAAUUUUGCCCUUGACAUUCUGAAAUCAGGACUAAACGGGAGUCGCAACAUUACGCUUGGAUUAUGCCUGCCAAUAACGUGCAACACAAAGGAUGUCGAAAAACUUUUAUAUUUUGUCCAAAAUCAAUCUGACACUGAUUUUCUAUUACGGAUUACUAUUCAUCACAUACGAAAUCUUUCAACGGGAUACACUUUUUGGGAUGACAGGACAUUUCAUAUUUUGUUGUAUGUUG